AUGGUAGACCAACGCAUCAUCGUUGCGCCUGAAGAUCCAACUCACAUUCUCUGGCAACACCGCUCUUACCAGUUCAUCGGCCGCAGUCCCAUCUUCACAAUGUCGGCUUCGGCAGCGACUUUCCCUCUAUUUAGCGACUUCCCUACCGAAAUCCGACUUGCCAUCUGGCGCCAGUGUCUACCUCACCGCGUCGUGGAACUCGAUAAUCAGCCAGAUGACAUCAUCUGGGACGAGGAGACGGAAGAAGAAGCCCCACCGUGUAGCAACAACGGGAUGAUCCAGCUGCGCAACAAGGCUCCUCCCCUCAUCGCACGGGUCUGCCGCGAGUCGAGGCAAGUCGCCUUCGAGACCGGCCGCCAGUUGCCUGGAUAUCCCGACCCCCGCGACCCGGAGAACACCCAAGAGUUCGCCCAGUACAUGGUCGCCAACCCGUGGCUCGACUCGGCUCGCGAUGUCGUGCACAUCAACUGGGACCCCGUGGCCGACAUCGAGUGGCAGACGUACGACUGGGGCGACCCGGUCCGUUGUGUCAUGUCGUAUGCUGAGCAGACGACGAUGCGCCGGGCGUCCAUACGGCUCGGCCUGUUGCGCGCCAUGAAGUCCCGUGUCGAGCCCCACGAUCACUACAGAUGGACCCGACAACAGCUGGCAGACCUGAUGCGCACCCACAGCUCAUCCCUCGACUGGUCUGUUGUCGUGAGGUCACCUAUCGUGGUGCACGCCACUGGUACCACCGACACUGGUGGUUUGUUUGGCCUCCUGGGUGAUGCUCCAGUUCAGCUUGUCGAUGUACAUGAUCACACGAAGAUCCAAAAGUUCAUGGGGCUCAAUGCUACCCAUGGUAUCACCAUCAGCUCCCGUAUUGAGCCCAGUGAACUGGUCGAGACUGAACAAGUACUGCGGGAUGUGGUGGACGUGAUUUUUGGGUCCGUGGAGGCUGCGCCUGCGCUGCAUCCGGUCCUCAUGUUCCGGCUUUGCAGGGAAUAUUGCUAA